AUUUUCUAAAAAUAUUAUGAAUCCUCCUCCUGGUUUAGAUAAUGAUAAUGAUGAAUCUAUUGGUCCUCCACCUGGCAUAGACAUUCCUAAAAAAAAGAAAUUUCACAUCAAUAAAAAAUUAAGCUAACAAUAAACAUCAUUAGAAUCAUUGAAUCUUGAACUCAAAGUUACUGUGUAAGACUAACAUUUCGAUCAAGUAUUGUCCACUUCUCAACUUCUAGAUACCCAUCACUGAUGAAUAUUUAGAACCUUCAAUGAACAAUUUAAUUGCAUUUGAUGGUCAUAUAUGUGACACCUCUGGAUCUGAUUCUUUGGCACUUUGGGAUAAGGAUAUGAAAUUGAAAAGAGAAUUUAAAGGAUUAAUUGAAAACAUGCCCUAUUCAUUAGUUGCAGUACAUGAUAAAAUUUAUUUAAUCUUCGGUGACACACUCCUUUUGAUACAACCUGAAAUUAAUAAGAAGACCAUUUUGAUUGAAUAACCACUUACAGCUUUUUGUGUUUCAGAUCAUACCAAUCCAAGGUAGUCUCAUAUACAUACCUAGAAUUGUAGGUGUCAAUGAAGGGGAAAUAAUCUUAUGGAAAACCUCUAAUUUAGGCAAACCCAAUCUUUAGGAACCCAUCUUUAAUAAUUUUGUCUCUAAGUCCCAAACAUUGAUUGAACUAUAAAAAAUCUUAUCUGACAAGUUUGAUGAUUGUGAUGAUCUGUUAAUGUUAUAAAAUGGAUUAGUUUUUGCGAAAUAAAAAAAAAUAGGUGAAGUAUUUAUUGUAGAUUUUGAAAAUGAUCAAUUAGAAGAAUUGUAAACUACAUAUGGUUGUGCCGUAACAUGUUGGACAACCAUAUCAUAUGAUACAAUUGCAUUUGCAUCAAAUGGUUAAAUUGUAUUAACUAAAUUCUUAUCAAAUAAAUAAGCAAUUGUAUAAAUUGUAUUGAGUUCAUCCAAAGACGAUAUUCAUCAUGGAUUGUGUUACUAAAAUAAUAAGAUAUUUUCAAUAAAUAAAAAUGCUGUCGUAUCAUCUUGGAAUAUUCUUUCUGGAGAGAGAAUUAAAACUUUUGAUGUAAAAUUCUGUCCUGGAGUAUACUCUCUAUAAUUGAUGAAUUCUGAUUUUAUUAUUGCUGAACAUAAAGUGAAAAAGGAUUUCAUUCUAUUGAAUAUGAAUCUAGAAAAAUAAUUCUUCUACAAAGCAAGAGUUAAAUAAGUCUUACAUUGUUGUUCUAGUCCAAAUGGAUAAUUCAUUGCACUAGUCUAAAAAUGUGGUUUACUUUAUGAUGAAGAAGUGAUAUUUCACAUUGAAAUUGAAAUCUAUCCACUUGAAAAUAAAUUGGAAUUUGAACGAAGAAAAGAAAUUGAUAAUUUAGAAAUAAAGACUGUAAUGUUUUUAGAUGAUUCAACCAUUCAAUAUAUUUUGAAAAUCUCAAAGAGUGUGAAUCCACUCCUUGUGAAAUGGAAUUAUAUAAAUAAUGAGUGGAAUGAAUAGGAAAUGUUAGUAGAAAAAUAUAAGAGUUGUCAACUGUAUUAGAGUAGAUCAGCAUUCAGUUAUGAUUUUAGAUUAGGUUCAACAUAAUAAUUCAAUCUGUUUGGUCCGAAGAGAGUUGAAAAUAAUAAUAAUUUAAUUAGUGGAAUCAGUGUUUAUGAUGAGAAUGUAAAAAGAUUAUUGAAAGUGUAAUUCCAAUAACAAUUUAAUGCAGAUGUAUUUGGAAUGCCUUGUAAAGAUUUACUUUAUGUUCUAAAUAAUAAAAAUUAAAUAGAAGUUUGGUAGNAUACCAAUCCAAGGUAGUCUCAUAUACAUACCUAGAAUUGUAGGUGUCAAUGAAGGGGAAAUAAUCUUAUGGAAAACCUCUAAUUUAGGCAAACCCAAUCUUUAGGAACCCAUCUUUAAUAAUUUUGUCUCUAAGUCCCAAACAUUGAUUGAACUAUAAAAAAUCUUAUCUGACAAGUUUGAUGAUUGUGAUGAUCUGUUAAUGUUAUAAAAUGGAUUAGUUUUUGCGAAAUAAAAAAAAAUAGGUGAAGUAUUUAUUGUAGAUUUUGAAAAUGAUCAAUUAGAAGAAUUGUAAACUACAUAUGGUUGUGCCGUAACAUGUUGGACAACCAUAUCAUAUGAUACAAUUGCAUUUGCAUCAAAUGGUUAAAUUGUAUUAACUAAAUUCUUAUCAAAUAAAUAAGCAAUUGUAUAAAUUGUAUUGAGUUCAUCCAAAGACGAUAUUCAUCAUGGAUUGUGUUACUAAAAUAAUAAGAUAUUUUCAAUAAAUAAAAAUGCUGUCGUAUCAUCUUGGAAUAUUCUUUCUGGAGAGAGAAUUAAAACUUUUGAUGUAAAAUUCUGUCCUGGAGUAUACUCUCUAUAAUUGAUGAAUUCUGAUUUUAUUAUUGCUGAACAUAAAGUGAAAAAGGAUUUCAUUCUAUUGAAUAUGAAUCUAGAAAAAUAAUUCUUCUACAAAGCAAGAGUUAAAUAAGUCUUACAUUGUUGUUCUAGUCCAAAUGGAUAAUUCAUUGCACUAGUCUAAAAAUGUGGUUUACUUUAUGAUGAAGAAGUGAUAUUUCACAUUGAAAUUGAAAUCUAUCCACUUGAAAAUAAAUUGGAAUUUGAACGAAGAAAAGAAAUUGAUAAUUUAGAAAUAAAGACUGUAAUGUUUUUAGAUGAUUCAACCAUUCAAUAUAUUUUGAAAAUCUCAAAGAGUGUGAAUCCACUCCUUGUGAAAUGGAAUUAUAUAAAUAAUGAGUGGAAUGAAUAGGAAAUGUUAGUAGAAAAAUAUAAGAGUUGUCAACUGUAUUAGAGUAGAUCAGCAUUCAGUUAUGAUUUUAGAUUAGGUUCAACAUAAUAAUUCAAUCUGUUUGGUCCGAAGAGAGUUGAAAAUAAUAAUAAUUUAAUUAGUGGAAUCAGUGUUUAUGAUGAGAAUGUAAAAAGAUUAUUGAAAGUGUAAUUCCAAUAACAAUUUAAUGCAGAUGUAUUUGGAAUGCCUUGUAAAGAUUUACUUUAUGUUCUAAAUAAUAAAAAUUAAAUAGAAGUUUGGUAGAUCAAUACACAAUAAUAGAUUUAGAAAGGUAUUUAGAUAUGAUUAAAUAGUGUAGCGGAUUGUAGGCCAAGUUUAGUGAAAUAGAUAAAAUUCAGUGAGCAAUAUCUAUUUUUGAAUGGGCAAUCUGAAUGGAUAAUUAGAGAUUUGAAGUUGAGUUAGAUAUGCAAGAGUAAAGGGGGAUUGAUCAAUAAGUGUUUGUUCUUGAAUUAGAAAUGUAUAAUAAAUCAAAAGUAGAAUUUAUAUGUAUGGGAUUUGGGUAGUAAUUAAUGCAAGGAAAUAGAAAUAUUCUUAGUGUACGACUUUUGUUUGGUGUAGAAUAAUAAGAUUUUGGUAAUAGGAGAAUCGACUAUUAAAUAGUUGAGUUUAUGAUUUAAGCAAUAUAUGUAUAGAUAGAAG